AUGGAUGAAGAGGACAGCGAAACCCUUAGCCCCUCGCUUAGCCCACUUGGGAGCGAGUUCGAGCAUAUCAGGCGCGGACGCCGACCGGGAGCAGAGCGCCCGACAGGGUCGUUUUCCGGAACCUCUUCCGGAACGCCUUCAGGGUCCAGUGGUGAAGUGAGCGACCCCUGCGUCUUCUUCGCCUCCGACUAUGGCUGCAGCCGUGGGAACCAGUGCGGUUUCUGCCAUCGUGGCCAUGUUCGGGACGAUUUCAUGCGUCCGCCCAAGGAGAAGCGCCGGAGGAUGAAGCAGAAAAUCUGGCAGAUUGUGUCACAGAGAAACCUCGAUGUGGAAGCGAUCCAGCCAGAGCUUCAGCAGUUGGCUCAGCAACAUCCUUACAUGAGGCAGCUGAUCCAAGGAUUCUUAGACAACCUGGCACAGCAGAGGGGCUGUGCCCGUAUCGAAGGAGUGGUGUUCUCUGUUUGA